AUGAAACCUAUUCCGAGUUCGGACGUUGUCGAGGCGGUUGAAAAAGCCAAACCCUUGAAGAUUAGAUAUGCACAUUACAUUUUAAAGUCUUUGCUUUUUCAUGGAUAUUUUGUUCCUACAACUCUAUUAUAUCUGCCAUAUGUAUUUAUUCGGUGUCUACUACGACAUGGCUACGGCAGGCAUCCGAACUGGACAAUCAUCGAAGCUAUCGGCGUUUUAUUAACCAAACGCACAAUCAAGCUGAUGUCUUUUUUUAAAAUGCAACCGAUUCCUCCUCGUGAAAAUGGUUGGAGAGAAGCUAACAAUUGGGUGGGUAUGAUCCUUUCCCUACUUAACAACUCGGGUCCCGGUGGAAUAGUGGCAAUGCCACCAGCUGAAAUUUCUCAAGUCAAAGAUUAUGUUAAGAAAGGACGUGUCGAUAGGGAUUGGUUUGACCCUCCUUCAAUUGACGGAUUUUGCGGCAUUCUCAGUAUCAAAUCAGGCUACAAAUCCAAUGCAUAUGGGUCUAGUUUGUAUCAAGGGCCGGCACUUGUAGACCCUUCUUGGGCUAAAACAAGGAUACGAGGUCUAUGGUUCAUGCAUGAUGGGACACUGCAUGCACCUCAGCCAAGUACAUUUGGUGGGCAAGAACGGGAUGUGAUGUUAUACUUCCGUACGUGGGAAAUGCUUACGAUAAUAGAUGGCGGCGCGGGAGUAACUUUUUCAGCUGGAGACCCAUUCAUGGGUCAGACUCUUUGUCGGACACUUUCCAGCAGACUAAAGUUGGAUAUAUUUUCCGUGGAUUAUAACUUGGCACCAUACGCGCCGUUUCCAGUGCCUAUUGUCCAAGCCCUAGCUGGAUAUAUGUAUUUGAUUAACAAGUACGGAUAUCGGCCAUCCCAGAUUUUUGUGGGUGGUGACAGUUUUGGGGCAUGGAUAACAAUGCAGCUUGAGCAGUAUCUUCGUUGUGAUGGCAAACAUCUGACUAAUAUACUGGAUGGUAAGGCCAAUACCUGUGUAUGCUUUUCCUUACAAAUUCACCAGCCUUGGUUGUUCCUUUGUGAUACCAAAAAGCCGUCAAGAUCAGAAGGAGGUGUUGGAAUGAAGUAUGAUAUUGUUGUGUUAGAAUUCCCCGAGUGGGGUAUAGACGCAAUGAAAGUCGGUCCAAAACACUACAGUCGUUGCCCAGUCCCCCUGGAUCAUCCUUGGAUCAGCCCAGGCAUGAUGUCAAGAGAAAGUAUGAAGGAGUUGCCGCCAAUGUUCGUGGCAUUGGGCGGUCUUGGUGAGUCUAGAUUAUUUUAA